AAUUUUGCUAAAUUUGGCAUAGAAUUCAAGUGAUUUCGAAAACUAUAGUCAUGGAUCCGAUUAAGGUUUUGUUAAUAUGCCAGUUUUUAAUGAUUACAUUGGUUGCCACAAAAGCCGUCAAAAUAGGCAUUUCUAAACCUUUACCUGUUACCACAACUGUGGUUCCUAAUACCACCACAAUAGAGGAAACUACCACAGAGGAAAUUACAACAGAUGUAACUGAUUCCCCAUUAAUAUCCUCUACUCCCAGUUCUACAACUUCCACCACAACUGCAGCAACAAAAGAUGAUGCGGAAUGGCCAGAAUUUCCACCCAAAAAAACUGUAAAAAUAUCCAACAACACAACCACCAAAAAACCUACUACCACCACCAUUAAACCCUCAACUACCACCACCAUUAAACCUUUAAAUAAAGAGAUUAAUACCACGGUUAAACCAAAUAUUACCGAACCUUUACCAACUUCCUUGCCCAAAUGGCCAAUUAAAGCGCAAUAUUGCUUUUGUGAUCUUUCACAAGACACUUGUGAUAUAAAUUGUUGUUGUGAUCCUGACUGCUCCGCCGAUGCUUUAAAGGUAUUUCGUUGUCAACUAGAAGAGCCCAUUGAUUUAGAGAUACAUGAAGGACGUUUUGAGGAUUUUAAAUUUCAACAUGGUCUGCCUUCGUGUGAGAUUAAUGACGGUUGGUUGUGUGUGUUAAGAACCUAUAAACCUUUGGUUAAAGAAGAAGUAACACAUUCUUUUGAGGAUACUUCCCGUUAUAAUAAAUGGCCGAAUUUAUUAUUGGAAUCGGAAGAGGUGAAAAAUCGUGAAUUUUAUAAAUUCGGCGAUAUAUUGAGAAUAUUUAAUGUGAAAACUAAAGAAAUACAAAAUUUUGAUCUUCCAUCAUCUUAUCAAACUGCCACUUGUCGCCUACAAGAACCCAUUUAUCAUUUAAAACCCCUAAAAAAUCUUAUUGCUCAAGAUAUAGAACUAAAAAAAGAAAGACAGGACAAUUUUAAUUUAUAUAAAGUUAAAAUAAAUAUCUUACACAAUUUUACCCAUAUUCAAGAGCUAAUAGUGGACUUAUGGCUAAAGGAAAACAAAACCUUGGAUAAAAUGGAAAGUACUAAAACAGAAUAUUGGUUGUCUUACGAAAUAGAGUUUUUAAAUAAAACUUUAAAGGAAUUUUUAAAAACAAAUACAACAGAAAACGUAUAUCCCCCUGUAAUAUCUGGGCCCUUAGGUUAUCUACUGGGUAAACCAAUAAUCCUAGCACGCUAUGAGGUUUUCAAUAAAAGUCUACCUUUAUCAUCUAAAAAUCAAAUAAUCAAUUACUUUAACCCCAAUAAUACCGAGUCUCAUAUUUUAACUUUAUUUUCAAAAGAAAAUGGUGAAUGUGCCCGUUUUAAUCCUGCUAAAGAUUAUAUUGCUUACGGUAUUAAUAUAGCCAAAUAUUGUAAAAUAAAACUGGAAAAUGAAACGCUUUUACUAAAGGAUGCCUCAAAAACUAAUUUCACAGAAAUAUGUUUAAAUUUACAGCAACAUAUACAUAAACAACUAUUUGGUGAGGACCUAGAAAUUGCUGAAUUAUCUUUCUACUUAAUAUCCCAAUUGGGUAAACCCGAGAAUGAUUCACAAAAAUGGUUGCCGUUAAAUGUUUUCAACAGCGAUUUUGAUUCAGUAAUUGGACAAUAUCUACAGGAGACCAAUACAUUUAUAUGCCGGAAUAUUUUAUUAAGUUUAGCAUAUGAAUUUCAUAUGGCCACCUACGAGGUGGAUAAUGUUCCCUUGCAAAAUGUCAUUAAGCAUGCUGCUUUACAUUUGGCCGAACGUCAUGAUUUGGAAUUUGCUUUAGAUGAAAAUUUGGAAGUGCCCAUUACAAUGACUGUGCGUUUUUAUGAUGUUCACGAAAAAGCUAUAUCAGCUGCUAAUAGUUUAAAGGAUUUGCAUUUGGAAUAUGGUGUAAUCUUAGUUCUAGUAUUAGUUUUUGUAGAUUUAUAUAAUUAG